AUGACGGUCAUUGCUGUGGCUGGGGGCUCUGGUGGAGUGGGGAAGACUAUCGUGGAGAAAUUACUUGAGUCUGAGUUCGAUAUCGUCAUUUUAUCCCGCAGUGCAAAACAGCACUAUUCCUCGCAGAAAGUUCCAAAUGUGCAGAUUGACUAUGAUGACAUCCCCUCAAUGGCGCAUGAGCUUGAGCGACACACCAUUCACACGAUCAUAUCUGCCAUUGGUCUUGUUUCUGAUGAGACCAGUCAGUCUCAGCUGAACUUGAUCGAAGCUGCAGAGAGGUCAGCAUCGACGAAACGGUUUAUCCCCAGUGAAUUCUCAUUCGUCCAAACCACCGAGCUACUCCCGAUUGACCCUAGCAUUCAGUACUGGCUCGAUGCCGCAGAUCGUCUGAAGUCCAGUAGCUUGGAAUACACCCGGGUAAUUCCUGGUUUCUUUAUGGACUAUUGGGGAAUGCCACACAUCCAAACCCAUCUCCAGCCGUUUACCUUCGGUAUUGAUAUAUCCAGUGGCACAGCUGCGAUCCCAGGAGACGGUAACAACGUGAUCUGUAUGACAUACACGUACGACAUGGCCACCUACUUGGUCAAAGCACUUGACCUUGAUGAAUGGCCCGAGUUCAGUGUGAUUGUUGGAGACGAAGUUACAUACAACCAGGUUCUCAGCAUGGCGGAAGAAUUCACCGGUAAAAAGUUCCAGGUUACCUACGACACCCUGGAGCAGAUUGAGUCUGGUGAUGUCACUGUCCCUCGUCAGCCAGAUGGUAUGAAAUCUUCUGCAGAAGAACUCAAAGAGAUGACUGCGUUGGUGAGCAGACUCACAGUCAAUAACGUUUUCCGAUUGCCGAAUGAUCGUCUCAAUACUCGGUUCCCUGCCGUCAAGCCAAUUGCCAUGAGGGAAUUCUUACAGAAGGCCUGGAAUUGA